AUGUGGCGCCGGCAAAGUUCUCUGAAAGAACGUCAAGAAGGAUCAACGGUCUUGAGGAAUGUCUGGCUUAUUGUUUCUGUCUGCUUCUACUUAAGUACAACGGCGACUUCGCCACAACCUGGGUACCUGCAGCUAUAG